CUCUGCAGGCCGCGGCAACGGCCGGUCGAAUCGCCGUGACGUCGUGGAGGUGCCCGUGCUACGUUCUGCGCGUCGACACACGUUGUGUGCAUCCUGAAUAUUCUGUGCAGUAGCUGCGUAACGCGGACGUGCCAGCAUGGCCCCGAAGAAGGUCGAGGAACCCGAGCGGAAACCGCUCAUCGGUCGCGUUGGCACUAACUUAAAGGUGGGCAUAGUCGGGAUUCCGAAUGUCGGGAAAUCUACAUUCUUCAAUGUCCUCACCAAGAGUCAAGCGGCGGCCGAGAACUUCCCCUUCUGUACCAUCGACCCCAAUGAAAGUCGCGUUCCGGUGCCCGACGCAAGAUUCGACUAUCUCUGUGAAUAUUUUAAGCCGGCUAGCAAGGUGCCAGCCUUCCUGCACGUGAUGGAUAUCGCCGGGCUGGUGAAGGGCGCCGCCGAGGGCCAGGGUCUGGGGAACAGCUUCCUCUCGCACAUCGGAGCCUGCGAUGGCAUAUUUCACCUUUGUCGUGCCUUCGAGGACGAUGACGUCACUCAUGUGGAGGGCGAUGUGAAUCCCGUGAGGGAUCUCGAUAUCAUCAGUGAGGAGCUGCGACUGAAGGAUGUGGAAUUUUUGAACACGCACCUCGAGAAACUCGAAAAGCUGGUUAUCCGCGGCAACGACAAGAAGCUGAAGCCUGAAUACGAUACGCUUCUGAAGGUUAAGGGCGUCCUGAUGGAGGAGAAGAAACACAUCAGGUUCGCCGACUGGAGUGCCAACGACAUCGAGGUGCUCAACAAAUAUCUAUUCCUCACAUCGAAACCUAUCAUCUACCUGGUGAACCUGUCGGAAAAGGAUUACAUACGCAAGAAGAACAAAUGGUUAAUCAAAAUAAAAGAAUGGGUUGACAAGAAUGACCCAGGCGCGAUCUUGAUCCCUUUCAGCGGCAUUUUCGAGAACAAGGUCCUCGACAUGGACGAGGCGGAGCGCGCAAAAUACUUCGAGGAACACAAAGUCACCAGUGCACUCGACAAAAUUAUCACACAAGGCUACAAGGCGCUGCAGUUGCAGUACUUCUUCACGUCUGGUCAUGAUGAAGUUAAGGCAUGGACGAUUCAGAAAGGUACGAAGGCGCCCCAGGCUGCCGGGAAAAUACACACAGACUUUGAGAAGGGCUUCAUCAUGGCGGAAGUGAUGAAAUUCGACGACUUCAAGAACGAGGGUUCCGAAGCCGCGGUCAAGGCCGCCGGCAAGUACAGGCAACAGGGACGCAAUUACGUGGUCGAGGACGGUGACAUUAUCUUUUUCAAAUUCAACGCGGGCGCCGGAUUAAAAGACGCAAAGAAGAAGUGAUGGCACGCGUUUCUCAUGUUGUUGCUCGUCCACUUGUACAUCAACAUGAUCCUGCUAUCUUGGUGCACGCAUCAACCGCGCGUCAAUCAGUCCGACUCGCUUCCCGAUCCUCCCUGAGUUCUUUCUCACUCGUGACAGUCACUCGCGGAGUCUCCCGACGGUCACACACACGAUGGCGACAGUUAUUUUUCUAUCGAUUCUCCCCGUCUGUCGUGCUCUAACCACGGUUGCAUUUGCGUCCGACGUGUUUCCGUCGUCGUCGGGGGUAAUUCGAUGGUCUCUUCUUGUUGAAAAGCACGGCGCGCGAAAUGGCGCCUUAACAUAGCGACGGGACGGGCGUGCUUCCCGUCUUAGCGAGUAACGUGUUUUGCGAGCGCACCAGUGGCGCCGUAUUCUCACAAUUAUCGCUGCGUGUACAUAAUUAGCGGAUCUCUUCAGAUCAAGUUCUUGCAUUUCUUGUCUUUGAUGCGGACAUACGCGUGCGCGAAAGAGAGAGAGAGAGAGGAAUGCGAAGGGAUCGAGGAGAGAGAACGACGUGUUUGAAGCAUUUCUUUGUACUACUCUGUAUUUAUUCGACGACUAUUAAAAUAGAUUGACGUAAAAAAAGAAGAUAAAAAAGACUA